CCGGACCUCCGUCGCAGAACUUCGCCCUACGAGAUGCGACGCGCCAAGUCUAUAAAGGCCACUGACGCACACAAAAGAAACAGUCUGCCUCCGGUCACCGUCGAUGAUGUAUAUUUAACUCAAAACAUCAACGCGGGACGCAUUUUCUUAUCAUUCCAGAUGUUUAGCGAAAUGAUCGAAUAGUGUACAGUUUUGCAUUUGAAUAUCGCUCCGUUUCGGUGGCGCGUGCGUAUUACACGCCUUUCUGUGAUUGGUCGUGAACAGGGACUUCCGAAAGCAAUAUGAGUGGAACAAACAGUGUCAGUCGGUCGGCGUGCAACAGCAAAGGCAGUAUGAUCGUCGUGUCAAACAGAUUGCCAUUUAUUUUGAAGAGAAAUGAGAAAACCGGUGAAUUGGAAAGGAAAGCCAGUGCGGGAGGGCUGGUGACUGCGGUGGCUCCGGUGGUGAUCCGUUGCAGCGGCCUGUGGGUGGGCUGGCCUGGCAUCCAUCUAGAGGAUCCCAACGAGAAGAUCCCCGAGUCGGAUCCCAAUGACAAGACUCCUACCGCUGGAUUGCUUUCAAAAAAGAUCGUACCCAUCCGCGCGGAGCCGAAGCUCUUCGACAGCUACUACAAUGGCUGCUGCAACGGCACCUUCUGGCCCUUGUUCCACUCCAUGCCGGACCGUGCCACCUUCAUCGCAGACCACUGGAAGGCUUACAUCAAGUGCAACGAAGAAUUCGCCGAGAAGACCGUUCAUGCGCUGCGGCUGCUGAAGCAGAGCAAUGAGAAGAAUGGUUCUCCGCCCAUUGUGUGGGUUCAUGACUACCAUCUCAUGUUGGCUGCUAAUUGGAUUAGACAGCUAGCCGAAGAAAAUGAUCUCCCCUGCAAGUUAGCAUUUUUCUUACACAUACCUUUCCCUCCAUGGGAUAUCUUCAGGCUGUUCCCGUGGUCUGAUGAAGUUUUACAGGGCAUCUUGGGUUGCGAUAUGGUGGGAUUCCAUAUAACAGACUACUGUUUAAAUUUCAUAGACUGUUGUCAAAGGAAUUUGGGUUGUCGUGUAGACAGAAAAAAUCUGCUGGUCGAAUUGGGAGGCCGUACCAUUUGCGUUCGCCCUCUACCCAUUGGCGUGCCAUUCGACAGAUUCGUUCAGUUGGCCCAAAACGCAAAAGCAGUGCUCUCUACAAGCCAAAAAGUUAUAUUAGGAGUCGAUAGACUGGAUUAUACCAAAGGAUUAGUGCACAGACUCAAAGCUUUUGAAAGGUUACUAGAGAAGCAUCCCGAACACAUCGAAAAGGUGGUGUUGCUCCAAAUCUCAGUUCCUUCAAGGACUGAUGUAAAGGAAUAUCAAGAUUUAAAAGAAGAAAUGGAUCAAUUAGUUGGUAGAAUCAACGGCAGAUUUACCACGCCUAACUGGUCCCCUAUUAGAUAUAUUUACGGCUGCGUCGGUCAAGAUGAGCUUGCGGCCUUCUACCGCGACGCCGCGGUCGCCCUCGUCACCCCCUUGCGCGACGGCAUGAACCUGGUGGCCAAGGAGUUCGUGGCCUGCCAGAUCAAGAAGCCCCCAGGAGUGCUGAUCGUGUCGCCGUUCGCCGGCGCCGGGGAGAUGAUGCACGAGGCGCUGAUCUGCAAUCCUUACGAGUUGGAUGACGCCGCCGAGGUUAUUCACAGAGCGUUAAUAAUGGACGAGGACGAGCGUACAGUCCGCAUGAACCACCUGCGGCAUCGCGAACAGCUAAAUGAUGUCGACAACUGGAUGAAGAACUUCCUCAAAGCCAUGGACUCGCUCGAGGAAGAAGCUGAUGACAUCGGAGCAACCUCCAUGCAACCGCUCUCCAUUGACGACUUCGACGAAUACCUCUCCAAAUACAUCGGCUACACUCAAAAACUUGCCCUUCUUCUGGAUUACGACGGAACGCUGGCGCCUAUCGCGCCGCAUCCAGACCUCGCGACCCUUCCGUUAGAAACGAAACACGUGCUGCAGAGACUGUCUAACAUGUCCGACGUCUACAUCGCCAUCGUCUCUGGCAGAAACGUGGAUAACGUUAAAAAUAUGGUGGGUAUCGAAGGCAUCACGUACGCGGGUAACCAUGGGCUGGAGAUCCUGCACCCCGACGGCAGCAAGUUCGUGCACCCCAUGCCCACGGAGAUGCAGGGCAAGGUCGUCGACCUGCUCAAGUCUCUACAGGAACAGGUGUGCAAAGACGGCGCCUGGGUGGAGAACAAGGGUGCCCUGCUGACGUUCCACUUCCGCGAGACGCCGGUGAACAAGCGCGCGGCGCUGGCGGAGCGCGCGCGGGCGCUCAUCACGGCGGCCGGCUUCAACGCGCACGACGCGCACUGCGCCAUCGAGGCCAAGCCGCCCGUGCCCUGGAACAAGGGUCGUGCGUCCAUCUAUAUCCUGAGGACGGCGUUCGGGCUCGACUGGAGCGAACGCAUCCGUAUCAUCUACGCCGGUGACGACAACACCGAUGAAGACGCUAUGCUGGCCCUGAAAGGUAUGGCAGCCACGUUCCGCAUCGCGUCCUCGCACAUCACCAAGACGUCGGCCGAGCGGCGCCUGUCGUCUACGGACUCGGUGCUGGCGAUGCUCAAGUGGGUGGAGCGGCACUUCUCCCGCCGCAAGCCGCGCGCCAACUCGCUCACCUACAAGAACGCCAGGAAGGCGCGAGACUCCUUCCACAUGCACAUGACGUACCAGAUCCCGCCCAAGACUUCGCCGAAGCCCUCCCCGCCGCAUAGCCCGGACAAAAACUCCAGCGGAACGGAUUCUAGUUAAUUAUACUCAGUUUAGUUAUA